AUCUCAGCAGCAAAAAAAAAAAAUUGUAACUUAUCUCAUCAGCAAUUUACGCCGAACAUGAACCGCGAUGAUGAACAGCCGCAGGGAAACAAGAACACCAGCCCUCCACCGCAGCUGAAUCUACAAUCUCAUUCGUUUUCUUCACUCCCAGAUGAAAUAGCUGAUAACAUUCUUGCUCGUGUCUCUAGAUGCAACUACCCUAGUCUCUCUCUCGUCUCCAAGAGAUUCCACUCUCUCCUCUCUUCUCCUGAACUGUACAAGACACGUUCUCACAUCAGAACCACCGAACCAUGUCUCUAUGUCUGCCUAAAACAUGACGAAGACCAACCUUCUAAAUGGUUCACUCUUUGGAUGAGACCUGUCGAUGAAACCCUAACCAAAGACGACGAUCAUCUUCUUCCACAUGAUGACUAUUCAUUGUUUACGGUACCUUCUUCUUGUAAUCCUUUUCUCGAACCAUAUUGCACUUCAGUAGCGGUUGGUUUGGAACUCUACGUAAUCGGUGGAACUUACGAGGCUCCGUCUUCAGCUGUUCGUAUUCUUGAUUGUCGGACUCACACUUGGCGUGAUGGCCCUAGUAUGUUGGUGGCUCGGUGGUGUGUGGAUGCGUUUUUACUCUACGAGAAAAUAUACGUGAUGGGACGUUCGGGGAUCAACGAGUCUCUGGCUUGGAUAGAAGUGUUGGACAUAAAGACUCAGACUUGGAGACACUUGCGGAGCCUUGGAGCCUACGAGUUUGACAGCGGUUGGUUUGAGAUUAAUGUGUUUGAAGGAAAGAUUUACGCAAUUGCUGAAAAUAAGAGCUAUGCUUAUGACCCGCAAGAAAGUAGGUGGGAAGUUGUGGAGACCCACCGGCGAGGCUUCAAAUUUAUAAAGGAUUGGUGUGUGAUAGAGGAUGUAAUGUAUUGUUUUACGCACUCCGGUUAUUGCAAAUGGUAUGACUCCAAAACUAGAGACUGGAUAGAUGUCAAGGGUUCAGGUAUGGAACUAUUGCGCAUGCAUAGAACAUGUGGCUUAGCAUGGCGGCCUAUGCUUCGAAUACGCAACCUUGGUGGGAAACUUUUAGUUAUGUGGGUCCCCGAUUUUGAAAGAGACAACGAAAAAACUGAAAGGAGAAUAUGGUGCGCGAAAAUCGCAUUAGAGAAGCGUGGAAAUGAUGUUUGGGGUAAGAUAGAAUGGGCUAAUUCUGUCCACGAGUGGUGUUGGUUCACGAGUUGUGUAGUCUCGAUUUGAUGGUUAGUAAAAAAAUGGUAUGCUUGAACUACUUUUGCAGUUAUUAUUGUUUUAGUAGUGGUUCUAGUCAUAGUAGACCCUAUAGUAUACUGAUGUAAACACCCAAAGUAAUAUAGAAAAAGCAACGAGAAAGCUUU